GUGUUUUUCUCUGGAAAUCUGCCAAAAGCGAGAAAACCCUAUGGUCUGUAACGUGCCGCUCAACGUCUAGCAUCCUUUCCACAAAUAGUCGGGGAUCGGAGAAGUACAGGGCCGUAAAUUUCACCGUCUUCCGUCCAAAGCAAGUUGUUUUUAGGCGCAUCGUGGUUAUUUCAGUAAUCAACAAGGGAGGGGAAGCUCAAUCAACCGCCAGCAACAUCAACGACGACGGCGCGAGGCUACGCCGACUGGGUUUGAUGACUCUGAUCUAUUUCUCCAACCGAUUGUGAUCUUGAGUUUGAUAAAUACCAGGUAUGACCACAGCAGAACCAGCUCCAGCUUCCCUUGGGCCUCGUUAUGCCCCGGAGGACUCCACUCUUCCUAAACCUUGGAUGGGGCUGAUUGAUGGAAGUACUGGACUUCUAUACUAUUGGAACCCUGAAACUAAUGUCACACAGUAUGAAAAGCCAGCCCCGCCUGUCCCACCUCCUUCUACCACUACACCAAAGCUGGCUCAGAUACCAAUGGUUCAUUCAGUACAACCAAAUGGUAUGAUGGUGCAAACUACAGUACAACAGGGGCAGCAGACAAAUCAAUUACCUCAGCAGGCUCCCUCACAACAGAUUACUCGGUCAACACAACAGCAGGGGCAACAUAGUAGCCAAUUGGCUCUCCAGCAUGGACAACUAAUGGCUCAGCAGUCGGUUCUCCCUGUGGCACAAGUUUCUAAUCAACAGGUUGCACAACAGCAAGGUCCUCAGCCAGGGCAAGGCGCGCAACAGCCAGGGCACCUGAGACCACAAAUGAUGCAGCAUCCAGGUCAGCAGAUGUUAUCUAGCAUUGGGCAGCAAAUUUCUCAGCAGGGAGUUCAGCAGUCAAUGCAGCAACAAACAAUGCAGCAGACGCCUCAUCAAGUAGGGCAGAACAUGCUGCAGCACCAGAACUUACAGAUGUCACAACCCCAAGGACAGCAAUAUGCAUAUCAGCAUUUUAUGACUUAUCCGCAAAGCAUGCCUUCACACAACCAGCAAGGCUCAACGCAGCAGUUUCCUAAUCAACAUGAUUACAAGGCAGCAUUCUCAAAGAUGGGGGAAACUGAUUUUCAGCAGGGAAACCAAUCUAGUUUUUCUCCAUCUCAUUUUCAACAAGCUGCUGUGUCUCAGAAUAUGCCUGCAGGAGGUGAUUCAGUUUCAACACCCCAGGCAGGUCAACCUCAGCAGUUCAGUGGCUUUGCUGUCAAUAUGCAACAGCCUGCCUCCAUGACUCAGCUGCAGCCAAUUGGGGCUGAUUUAGUUAAUCAGAAGCAUGGUCAAAGGUUUCAAAAUCAAGUCGGUCCAUCCAUGAUGCAUAAUCAGCAGUCUAAUGUACCUCCUGUUGGAUUGACGACGGGUUGUGAGCAGAACAUACAUGGAAGGACUGGCAAUGAUUACUGUUUCAAUCCUAAAAUAGAAGGGCCCAUAGUUAGUCCUGGUCAGCCUAACCUUGCAGCCAUGCCAAUGGGAAUAAAUCAGCAGGAGUCAAGGAUGGGUGGUGUAACAUUUCAAAAUCACACAACUGGUUAUGCUGGUGGAUUUAAUCCCACUGGGCAUAGCAUGCAUAGCAUGUACAAUCAUGCAACUGCUGGUCCUCCAUUUCCAAACAAUGCUUUGAUGAGACCCCCUUUUGUUGGAACUCCAGAUAUUACUAACCUCUCACCUGUGGAAGUUUACCGACAAGAGCAUGAAGUCACAGCUACGGGUGACAACGUUCCAGCUCCGUUCAUCACAUUUGAAGCCACUGGUUUUCCUCCUGAGAUUUUGAGAGAUAUUCAUGCUGCUGGCUUCUCAUCUCCUACUCCGAUCCAGGCACAAACAUGGCCAAUUGCAAUACAAAAUCGGGAUAUUGUGGCAAUUGCUAAAACUGGUUCUGGUAAAACAUUGGGCUAUCUGAUCCCCGCCUUCAUUCUUCUUAGACAGUGUCGUAAUAAUCCUCAGAAUGGCCCUACUGUACUGGUUUUGGCUCCUACUAGGGAGCUUGCCACACAAAUACAAGAUGAGGUGAUAAAAUUUGGUCGAUCUUCAAGGGUAUCUUGCACGUGCUUAUAUGGUGGUGCUCCCAAGGGCCCUCAACUUAAAGAGCUUGAUCGAGGCGCAGAUAUUGUUGUGGCCACUCCUGGUCGACUCAAUGAUAUCCUUGAAAUGAAGAAGAUAGACUUUGGGCAAGUUUCACUCCUUGUGCUUGAUGAGGCUGAUCGAAUGCUUGAUAUGGGAUUUGAACCUCAAAUUCGGAAAAUUGUUAAUGAGAUACCUCCACGGAGACAGACACUUAUGUACACUGCAACCUGGCCAAAAGAAGUGAGAAAAAUAGCAAGCGAUCUUCUUGUUAAUCCUGUUCAGGUGAACAUUGGUAGUGUUGAUGAACUGGCUGCAAACAAGUCCAUCACACAGUAUGUUGAAGUGGUCCCACCAAUGGAGAAGGAGAGGCGCUUGGAGCAGAUACUCAGAGCACAAGAGAGAGGUUCAAAGGUUAUUAUUUUUUGUUCUACUAAGAGGUUAUGUGACCAGCUUGCACGCAGUGUUGGGCGUAACUUUGGGGCUGCUGCAAUCCAUGGAGACAAGUCACAAGGGGAAAGAGAUUGGGUUUUAAAUCAGUUCAGGAGUGGAAAGUCACCAAUUUUAGUUGCCACUGAUGUUGCUGCCCGAGGUCUUGAUAUCAAAGAUAUAAGGGUAGUGAUAAACUAUGAUUUCCCUACUGGAAUUGAGGAUUACGUCCACCGAAUUGGUAGAACUGGAAGGGCUGGUGCAACUGGUGUGUCUUACACCUUUUUCUCUGCGCAGGAUUGGAAAUAUGCAGCUGAUUUGGUCAAAGUUUUGGAGGGAGCUAACCAGCAUGUGCCACCAGAGGUUCGAGAAAUGGCGUUGCGUGGUGGGCCUGGUAUUGGCAAGGAUCGAGCUGGGAUGAACCGGUUUGAUUCUAGCAGUGGUAAUGCUGGUGGUGGGCGUUGGGAUUCUGGGGGCCGUGGUGGAAUGAGGGAUGGCAGUUUUAGCGGCCGUGGUGGAAUGAGGGAUGGCAGUUUCAGCGGCCGAGGUGGAAUGAGGGAUGGGAAUUUUGGUGGACGUGGUGGGAUUAGGGAUGGAGGCUUUGGUUUCCGGGGUGGUGCUAGGGAUGGCCCCUUUGGUGGACGAGGUGGGAGAAGUGACUCAUUUUCUGGGCGUGGAAAUAGGGGACGUGGGUAUGGUGGUUGGGGUAGGAAUGAACGUGGCCUACAUGAUCGCCACAACAAUAUGGAUAGUCGCGGACGUGGCCGUGGACGGGGAAGAUUUGAUGGUAGAAGAGACAUUGUUGAUAGGGGUAGGGAUAGAAGUUAUAGUCGUAGCCCUGAAAGGGUUCGCACAUGGGGUUAUAGCCGUAGUCGUAGUAGAAGCAGCAGCCGCAGUCGCAGCCACAGCCGCAGUAGGAGUCGGAGUUGGUCUCGAGGCCGUAGUCGUAGCUACAGCCGUAGUCCUCGACGUAGCCGGAGCUACAGCCGUAGUCCUCACCGCAGUCGCAGUCGAAGCUAUGACAGAUUUGGGAGGCCAGAUGAAAGAAACUAUGCUGAGAAGGAUGUUAAAGCUCCAGAAUUUGAAGCCCGUGGAUCAGGGAUGUCUCCUAUGUCCCCAAGUAAACAUGGUACUACAUUUUCAGGGGUGGAGGGAGCACCGGUGGUUGAGAGUGCUGUGCCUGAGGCUGUGCAUCCAGAGGCUGCAGAAGUGCCAGCUGUAGAGUCUGUUCCUGAAGCUUGAGUCGCAGAACAUUUAUCAAUCUGGGUAUUUUAUUAUUUUGUCCAAGUUUUUGUUAACCAAAGUGUUCCUGAGGCUGGGGAUUUAUGUUGAUUGAUAGUAGUGAGAGGGAAAGGAAUUUGGCUAUCUUGGUGAAUCUUUAUAUGAUGAGUAAUCCUGUUUUGCCUGUCGAGUUAAGCAUUGCAGUGGAGGGGAGCUUUAGUUCAGAUACGUUUUAAUUAGAUUUAGCUUCAUCCCAUUUUUUUGGGGACCAACUCUGGGUGAUUAUUAUGUGAUUUUGGGCUUGUCGGAACUAGGAUGGACAAGCACAAGGUCAAUGAAUUACUUAAGUUAUUCAUAUUAAUUGAUCAUGUCUGGAUAAUUUAGUAUUUA